CACAGAAUGCGAUCGUGUCCUUUGCAACGAUUGACUUCGUCAAAUCUCCUCAGUAGGCAACAGAGCCGGGCCCGUCUUAUGUAAACCGCAACUCACGAUCCUGCAUUCUUCAUUUCCACUUCUCAUCAGGCCACCAAGCCGCCUACUUCUCACUAAACCCCCUCUGAAAGCGCAACUCGAAGAACACCAUCCUCUGUCACUCCGUAACUCGCAGACCGACCAUGUAGCAGCGCCCACCGCACUCCCAACAUGGUGAUCUCGCUACCUGUCCCCGGCUUCUCCAGAUCAUCCACUUCUCCCCCACGCCCCGCCAAUGACACAUCUUCACCGCAAACACGCCGACACCGCGGCUCAGCCUCUUCAACAAGCUCCUCCUCCAGUCGGAACGUCUGGAAAUCCUCCGGUCUAGGCAGUUCCAGUUCUGCAACCUCGUCCUCCCCGAACAAACCCUCCAUUACACUCAGCGAGGCUCUCCGGAAUAACCCUUUCGGUAGUACAUCGCGCUCCCGCACCGUGCAUGUACCUCCCCACCGGGUGGAGGAGCAGAUGCAUGAGCAGGAGGAGCUGAAUGCCGCGUUGGAGACUCUAGCUGGUACAUUUCCGGAUGUUCGCGUCGAGGUUUUCCGCGAGCUACUGGUUCGCUUUGACGGGGAGAGCCGGCUGCAGGUCUGCGUUGAGCAGUUACUGCGCCAUAAAGACAAAUGGGUUGAGGGCAGGUGGAAUAUUCCCGAAAGCCAAACUGCAUCAGAUGGUCGGGACCCGAAUGACCAAGCAGUACCGCAUGGUCCGGUGGGCGAGAACCUAGUGCCGGUUGAAGAGCGCUUUCGGUCAGAGGAAUACAAGGCAGCGGUGCAGUUGAUUCUUGCGAAGGAAUUCAGCAGUCUGAGCAAAAGCACCGUCGAUGCCGUACUGGCGGAGGCGAACUUUAGUUAUUGGCGUGCGCGUCCGACGCUGCGAGAUCUCUCGCGUCGUACUUGGCGGGCUACAUUCAAUAACAUCUUGCCGUUCCGCCGCAAAAAGGAUCGAGAUGACCAUCCGCUCAUGACAUGGCAACGCCGCAUGGAUGGCGAGCUGGUACCACGAUUGAAAGAAACCGGGUCAGCUGAGCUGGACGCCGAGCUUUACACGAUUCUCCUGGCGCCACUGUUAGACCAACGGCGUGAGAAUCAGGAGGCUGACGAUUUCCGCCUUGCUUUGGAAUUGAAUGAGAAGGAGGCAAAGUCGGUUGAUGCUCUUUACGAGUGUGAGUGCUGCUUUGCCGACGUCACCUUUGAGCAGAUUGCGACCUGCUCGGUCAAUGCGCAUGUCAUAUGCUACCUUUGCAUCCAGCGGACGAUAUCCGAGGCAUUGUUCGGCCAGGGAUGGGGCAAGUCCGUGGACUUGGGGCGUUCAACAUUAAAGUGUCUGGCUCCAUUAUCCGUGGGUGCGUGUGAAGGCUGUCUACAUCCACAGAUUGUGAGACAGGCUGUCCUCCUUGACACUGCUGGCACCGAAACGUUUCGCAAAUUCGAGGACCGAUUAGCCUCGGAAACGCUACUCAAGUCUCAAAUGAAACUCAUCCGGUGUCCAUUCUGCUCUUAUGCGGAAGCCGAUCCAAUCUAUCAUCCCUCUUCCCGCGGAAUCCGCUGGCAGGUCCGGCGGGAUGGGGGGAUCAUUCCUUCUAUUCUAAUGACUGUCUUCCUACUUGACCUCGUUCCUUUACUUGUGAUCCCUUUUGUAAUUCUUCUCUUUGUGGACCCGUCCUCCGUCCUCGCUGUUUUUGAAAAUGCGAUUCGUCACCUUUGCCUCAAGAUCCGUCCGCAACGAUUUGUCUGUUCCAAUCCAUCUUGUCAGCGCGUGAGCUGCAUAACAUGUCAGAAACCCUGGCGGGACCCGCAUGUCUGUCACGAACCGCUCCUGCUAGACCUUCGAGCCACCGUUGAGGCUGCACGAACCGCAGCCGUCAAGCGAACCUGCCCGCGAUGCGGUCUGUCGUUCGUCAAGUCCUCCGGCUGUAACAAGCUAACCUGCGUCUGCGGGUACUCGAUGUGUUACUUGUGUCGCAAGGCACUUGGGCCUCGCAUUCAACCCGCCCGAGCCCGACGUGGAUUUGACCGGCCACGACCCCGAGGUCUGGACGCUUACGAUGGCGCAGCAGACGACAACCCAUUCCAAGAUGACCCAGAGGCAGAAUCCGAGGAAGACGAGUUCGAAGAACCAGAAGGCUACAAGCACUUCUGCGAGCAUUUCCGCAUCAACCCUGGUUCCCGAUGCACAGAUUGCAGCAAGUGCGAUCUCUACCAAGCCGAAGACGAAGAAGCCGUUGCCCGUCGGGCGGGCGAAAAAGCCGAGCGAGAGUGGCAUCUUCGACAAGAACCAUCCGGGCCCAAUAGUUCCGCUUCGGUCGUUGGAUCACACAGCGUGAAUUAUGAUCUAUCGGCCGGAGCUGAGGGCAAUGCCAUCGGCCGUCGCGCAUCAAGUACCCUGUGGGACCUGCAUCUGACGGGGAAGCCGUGGGUCUAUUGGGUGAGCGAUGUGUGGACAGAGGGGCGGUGGAAAUUAGAGGGCCAGGCUUUGGUUGAUUGGAUCGUGGAGCGAGUUAUUGUGAUUGAGGAGGUGUAAGACAUUGCCCUGGUCCUCUUGCCGAGCUUCCUACUUUGCUGCCCUUCUUUGGGCUUGGAUUCUUGGAACUUGGGGCGCUUUGGGGGUGGGAUCUGGAAACAAAAUUGUGACUUGCAUUGGUGGACUUCAUUUUCUUCAGGCAGUAUUGCCUUCAUUAGCUUGGCUUUCACUGCCUUGACUUGGUUUGCUGGACGACGUGAUGACCGAUAUGAACCUCUACUCUUUUUAUAUGAAUUGGCUGUUCACUUCCAAAUAGCGAGGGAGUGAUAGCUCUACUUUCUUUAAUGAACGUGUUUGACCAACUCUGAAACCCGUUAUACAGUGACAAAUCCUCCGAUAAUAUUUGGUAAUGAUAAUCUAAGACUCGCAAAGUUCUG